UGUUCAAAUGCUUGGCCCUCCUGGCUCUGGUAAAACAUGUUCUCAGCGUCUCUUACUGAAUGAAGACCCACCCAAAGAAACUGUCACUGACAGUACACCAAUAGCUUGCCGCGCUGUGAAAGCUUCAAGAAUAUCAGUGGACAAUGGUCAUAUGAAAAGAGUUGAUGCUGCAGCCCUUCUUUCAAAAUUGGCAUAUGAUUUAAAGGAAGCUGCAUCAAAGCAAGAACAAACACCAAUUGAAAAGCAUAACACUAGUUCAAAAGAGGAAUCUUCAAAAAUUGCUACUGAUCAGAGCCCUAAAUCAACUAAAUCACGAGAUGUAGCAGAUGAUGCUUAUUUAAAUAAAAUAUGCAAAGAUAUUGUUGAGGCCAUUCCAAAAGCAAAAGCUAAAUUAGAUCGUCAUCUGGUGUACAUUGUUGACUCUGGUGGCCAGAAAGCAUUUCAAGAGUUAUUGCCUUUGUUUACUAGACCUGCUUCUCUUAACAUUGUCGCAAUAGACCUUUCUAAAAAUCCUGAUCAGAAACUUGAUCUGAAGUACCGAAUAAAAGAAGAGCAGUUUUCUUGUGAUAAAAAUUUUUCAUAUACCAAUAUUGAAUUUUUAAAGGACACUCUGUCCUCUGGAGUGAUUUUAUAUCCUUACAACAUGCCACAAUCAGAACAAGAUGCUCUUCAGCACCCAGAAUACUUUGUUCUGGGUACACACAAGGAUAAAACAACAAAGCAACGAAUUGAAGAAUAUAAUAAAGAGCUAUUAUCAUUAACCAUGGGAUCCAAUAAAAAAGGCUAUCGCAUCAUUCCAGCAAAACUUGGUGAAAUCAUAUACCCAGUCAAUACAAUGCUCAAAUCUAGUCCUGAACGGCAAGAAGAAUCUAAAAAACUUUCUGAUACAAUAUUUAGUUUUAAUGAUUUUUCUGACACUUCUUCUCACGAUAAGCUCGAGUUGCCAGUUCGAUGGUUUGCUUUUGAGCUGACUUUGCUAGAAAAAGCAGGAAAUAUUGGUAUUCUUGAGAUGGAUGAUGUCUUAUCUAUUGGUAGGAGCCUUCAAAUGAAUGAAGAUGACACAAAGAAGGCUCUACAGUAUCUUCACAAUUUUACCAUUAUAUUGUAUUAUCCUCAAGUUUUACCAAACAUAGUGUUUGUUGAUCCUCAUCCUAUUCUUGAUACUCUGUCACGCCUAUUAGCUCUUACUUGCAAAAUUGAUAGAAGGUUCUUGCCCCUUUUUACUAGGGCAGAACCAUUAGAUUCUGAACUAGAUGAUCUAAGGAGUAAAGGAUUAUUUGCAAAAUCACUGCUUGAUAAGUUAAAAGUUGAACAUGGGUUUUUCAAAUUUGAUUUUAUUAAGCUUUUGCUUCACCUAAACAUCAUUGUUGAGACACAAAAUGGCUAUUUUCUUCCCUCUGCACUACCUUCUUAUACUGAUCCACCUCCAGAAUCAGAUAUUAAUCCAAUACUUAUAAUCUGGCAAAACCCGGCUGUCCCUGAAGAAAUUUUACCUGUUCCUCGUGGAAUUUUUUCUUUAGCAGUUGUGAAUUUAAUGAAGACUAAUAAGCAACUACAGUUUCGUUUCCCUCCUCUUAAUUCUAAAGACUUUUUCAGAUAUCAAGAUGCUAUGUCAUUUCCUAUUUAUGUUCACAAUGAACACAUUGGCACCCUUCACUUCAUUAAAAAACACCGACACAUUGCGAUUUAUUUUGUAGGACAUGAUGCUUUCAAAUACUGCCCACUUAUUCGUAAUGCAGUAGCUGAAGCAGUUAAUAGAAGUAGUGUUUCCAUUAACAUAAAAUCUAGUCAUAAGCUUGCCUUUUCCUGCUCUUCUAUAGAAAACUCCUAUUGUAUUGUCACAAAUGUAGCUAAUCAGAAAGUUGAAUGCCCUUUGUGCCCAGAGCCACCUAUUGUCACGAGCCACAAGUAUUGGAUUUGGUUUCCUAAUGCAACUGAAAGUUCAGAUAUGACUUACCUUCAAAAAGUAUUAAAUUUACUUAACAUAUUUCCUUCUGCUAAUGCUGUUGAAAAAUUAGAUGGAUCUGAUUAUGGUAAAAAAUGGAGUUAUUGGAGUGUCUUGGUUGCAUUGACAUUUAUUGUACUUUUAACUAUUGUGAGCAUAAUAGUUUAUAAAAGUACUAUUACCAUUGAACGUCAAGGUACUAGCAAUA